UGCAAGUUGGUCAGAAAACUAACGUGUCAUGCAAGUGAUAGAAAGACAAAAAGUGUUUUUACUAUUCAUAGUCACGCAGUUCUUGACUCUGUUAACCCCGUAAGGGAUAUAGAAGAAAUAUUUAAUUGAUAAUUAUUUUAUUAAAUCUUAUAUUGUUUUUAGGAUACUGUAAUUUGUAUGUGAAAAAUGUGUGUAGUGUUUAAAAGAUAUUUUAUGUAUCAAAGAAAAACUUUGUAUGUACAACUUUUAAUUAGUUUUAAUAUAUUAUUUGUUAUUGAAAUAGUCCGUUAUCAUGCCUAUGAUCAUGAUAGAACUUCUCCAAAGGCAGAGAGCUCUUUAUUAGCAAUGGACAAAAAUAAUAUUGAUCACAAUUUGACAAUAGAACGAUACUUUUGGCGGCGAAAGUUUUGGAAGACAUCGAAUCUGGGAUCAAUAUUGUUCAAAAUGGAGCAUAAGAAUAAAUUUAAGAAAAAGAAACAUCGAACUUUUGUUAUACUGUUUUGGAAAUAUUGGUAUUGGCUCAAAAAUCGACACGUUUAUAGUUUCAAAGGCAAAAUAGGCAAAAGAAGAAUUCUGGAUAAGUGCAGCGUUAGUAACUGCAUUUUCACAGGAAAUGAUAGUAAAAUAAACACGGUCGAUGUAGUUCUCGUCCACAUACAGAAGGGAGAAAUUCCUAUAGUCGAAAACAGGAACCAAAGACAGAUUUGGGUAUUCCUCGAAGACGAAUCUCCCAGAAACGCUUUCUCACUGAGCAAGAAGAGACCAGAUUUGAAGGAAUGGGAGAACGUUUUCAAUUGGUCUAUGACGUACAGAACAAUUUCAGACGUCCCCGUGCCGUACGGCCGCACAGUGCCUUUGCGAAAACGUCUAUAUCCAGAAGUUUCAGAAAAGACUAUUUCUAAAUUAAUACCAAAUCUGAGUGCCAAACGACCAGAGGUGCUCGUGGCACUAGUCACGUCUCACUGUAUCAAAUUUAGAAUGAAUUUUUUGGAAAAUCUACGGGAAUAUAUACAAGUAGAUGUGUAUGGGGGGUGUUCACGUGACAAAUUUCUGAAACGUCAGUGUCCCGGUCACUUUAAGAAAGAUUGCCCCGCACUGAAGAAAUAUUACUUUUACUUGGUGAUAGAAAAUGCUAUGUGUAGUCAAUAUAUAACAGAGAAAGUUUUCCGAAAUGCUUAUUCCAAGGGCGCUAUCCCAAUCAUUAUUGGAGCUACGGAACACGACGCCAAAACUUUGUUGCCUCCAAAUUCUUAUAUACAUUGGAAUAACAACAUGACACAUAAGGAUCUCGCCGAAAAGAUAAUUAAUACGUAUGAAAAUAAAGAGGAAUAUUUAUCCUAUCAUUUGUGGAGGAACGAUUUUGAAGUGAGAAAUGAACACGGCUAUUUGGGCACCCAGUCUUAUCACCUUUGCAGAUUGUGUGAAGCUUUAAACUACAAUAAGAAAAAGACAAAAACAUAUACAUUCAACGACCUGAAUCAGUAUUUAAAUCCUAAUUUAUUAUGCAAAGACAUGUCGUGAAUUUAUUAAACUUAGAGAUUUUUCAGUGGCGGUGGUCUAUGCGUUAGGGCCAUGAAACUAGUUUCGUUGAUCAAAUAAUUUUGGUGUCAAUGUAAAUUUUGAUAUUGCAUAAAACGAAGAUACAGUUGAAAGAAACGAAACUAAUUUCACGGCACUAGUUUUGCUAUGAAAAUUAAUAUUUAGAGUUACGAUUGACGAUGGCGUAAUAACACUCUUAAUUUAAUAAUCCUACAAUAUAGCAGUUACAUAUACACCAUACAUCUGUGCUGCUUAUAUAUUGUCCUAAACAAACUAGAAAACAUAGAUUAGUUCAGUUUUUCUUUUUGACCACAUUUGAACUGAAUGUCAAACAGUGUGCAAAUUUCCACAAAAGGCAGUGGAUGAAAAGAAUCUUGAUAAGUAAUUAAUAUGAUAAAACUCGCUUUUUAUUAUUCGGUGAAUGAUUAUUGUUGAUAUAAAUUAAAAUGUAC